AAAUGGUAGAAAUUCAGGGCCAACACAAUUUUGUCGGACAAAAUAGUAUUCCCGCCGAAUGACUUCACGAUUUGAAUAGAAUAUCAAAAUAAAAUAGUCGAACGGAGAACGCUAUUGGGAACGUAGCGUGAUAGCAUAAAGAAAGAAAUAAUAAAUCACGUGAAUCAGGGGAACGAAAUAUAGUGAGCAUAGUCAGUGCAGUGUCAACUUGUUUUGGAAUUCAUUAUAUCUAUAUCGAUAAUGGGCAAGGACGAUAAAGAAGAUUCGGGCUUCGGUUUUAAGGACAGGGCGAAGGCCGAGGAGACCCUACGCCUGUUGGAGCAGCACGAGCCCAACUACAGGAGGCUGACUGUGAGGGGGCUGCUCGGGAGGGCCAAACGAGUGCUGACCAUGACGAAAGCGGAAGACAAAAUAAAGAACAUAAAAGAAGCAAUGGAGGUGUUCGAGAACUGGCUCGCUGAUUUAGAUAAGAACAAAGAGAAGAAACCAGAGAAGAAAGAAAAGGAGAGAGUACAAAAGAGUGAAGAUAAAGAGAGCGAGAAGGAUAAAGAUGAUGAGGGAUCAGACUCGUCGGACGUGGAGAUGGUGGAAAAGCCCAAAGAGAAGAAAGAACUGCCCGCGGACACUGUCACGGGACUUGGAUUUAAAGAUAAGGAUGCGGCAGAUAACACAUUGAAGGAACUCGAGGGAAGGGAUCCUGACUAUCAGAAGUUGGCGAUCAAAGGGCUUAUAGGCAGAGCUAAAAGAGUACUCACAUGCACACGCGAUGAGACCAAAUUGUCGAACAUCAAAGAGGCGAUAUCGAUCUUCGACAAGUUUCUGGAUGAUUUCGACACCAUGCACCUUAGUAAGCAGAACAAUCCGUACGUCAGUCUGCCAAUUGUGAGGACCUGCGUCGCUCUGGCUAGUGAGAGCGUCACGGAUCAGCAGAAAGCAUUUAUAGACGCGUACACAUCUGUCCGGGGCGAAUACAAACGCCUGAGGACAGUUCACGAGACGGAAGGCGGCAAGACAUGGGACAUCGUCAGAAACGCGGCGCUCAAAGAACUAAAAGAAAAGCAUGAAGACGCAAAGCUCUUCAACGAGAAAGAUGAACCAACAGCUGAACACCUGGAAAUGUUGCUUUGGGCGUACUCACCGGAAGCUGCCCGCGUGAAAAAAGUUAUACCGGAAACUGAAGCAGCUAAGGACGUCAAUGACCGGAAGAGACGGAGCAGCGGCCAUGAUAGUGACGACACUCCAAGCAAGAAGAAGAAAGAGUGAUUUAACUAUAGUUGAAUGUAAUGAUUUAAAUGAAACAAGCAUUUAUUGUAUUUUGAAUAAAUAAUUUCGAAGAAAUAGAAGAACCCCAUAUUCA